AUGGUACUUGGCAACCUGCAAAGUGGCAGGAAAAAAUUAAAGCAACUUGCACGGCAGCAGACUGACCAGCACAAGAUCCUGACUGACCUGCACCAGAACCUGACUGACCUGCACCAGAACCUGACUGACCAGCACCAGAACCUGACUGACCAGCACCAGAACCUGACUGACCAGCACCAGAACCUGACUGACCAGCACCAGAACCUGACUGACCAGCACCAGAACCUGACUGACCAGCACCAGAACCUGACUGACCAGCACCAGAACCUGACUGACCAGCACCAGAACCUGACUGACCAGCACCAGAACCUGACUGACCAGCACCAGAACCUGACUGACCAGCACCAGAACCUGACUGACCAGCACCAGAACCUGACUGACCAGCACCAGAACCUGACUGACCAGCACCAGAACCUGACUGACCAGCACCAGAACCUGACUGACCAGCACCAGAACCUGACUGACCAGCACCAGAACCUGACUGACCAGCACCAGAACCUGACUGACCAGCACCAGAACCUGACUGACCAGCACCAGAACCUGACUGACCAGCACCAGAACCUGACUGACCAGCACCAGAACCUGACUGACCAGCACCAGAACCUGACUGACCAGCACCAGAACCUGACUGACCAGCACCAGAACCUGACUGACCAGCACCAGAACCUGACUGACCAGCACCAGAACCUGACUGACCAGCACCAGAACCUGACUGACCAGCACCAGAACCUGACUGACCAGCACCAGAACCUGACUGACCAGCACCAGAACCUGACUGACCAGCACCAGAACCUGACUGACCAGCACCAGAACCUGACUGACCAGCACCAGAACCUGACUGACCAGCACCAGAACCUGACUGACCAGCACCAGAACCUGACUGACCAGCACCAGAACCUGACUGACCAGCACCAGAACCUGACUGACCAGCACCAGAACCUGACUGACCAGCACCAGAACCUGACUGACCANGACGGGAGACAGGAGGAGCAGGCGGUGUUGCCAUCAAGCGGGCAGGAGAAGAGUCCCCCAGGCUCCACCACCCCGCGGCGGGUGGAGUUAACCCGUGGCGCCCCCACCACCAGCCUGGGGGAGGGG